AUGCCAGGCCUCAGCGCCUCUGAGCUGCCUCCGGAGCUUCUCCCGGGUGAUGUGAUCGAGUACUACUCGCGUCACUUUGUCAUCGACGACCCACGCGGCCACAGAUCCGCCGUCGUACUCUCAAUCGACGGCACUUCCGGUGUCCCUCGACUCCGGAGAGGCACGAACUUCAUGAGGCGAAGACAAGACCUACAAGAAGUGUGCUACGUGAUGCGUGCGACGAAGGCUCCUGUGAUUGAUCUUACCGACGAGGUUUGCUCAGACCUUGUAGGCACGGAAAUUCGGCCUGGGUCUGCUACCGACCACGCUUCAGACUCAACCUCUGAACAAAGCGAAGCGGAUCCUGCUGUACCUUCUGCGGAGGAGAAAGAGGAGGAGGAAACACCCAAUCAAACGUCUACUGAUGUCGAUCUAUUGGAGGCUGAGAAAUACGUGAGGACUGCACCUACUCGCUGGAUGUGUAAAAAAAUACGACACCAAGCGAAGAAACGCGCUGGCAUGUGGAGCGUUUUUAGCUCCCCAAAUCGUCGUCAUUAG